AUGAUUUGGCCUAGAAAUUCCUGCUUACAACUGCUGAUCCUCCACGUUCUUUUUUACUACCAGCUAGGCAGCGCCUAUGACAUUGUACGGGAUUACUCGGGCAGCACUUUCUUCGACCGAUGGGACUUUUUGGGAACUGGGAUAAUCUCACGUUGGAGAGUGCAAGGGGAUGUAUGGUGGCUUAGCAAGGCGGAUGCCUUUGCUCAAGGCCUAGCGUAUGUAAACAAUGCGGGGAAUGCAAUUAUAAAAGUCGACAACAUGCACAAUGUGGUGUAUGGCCAAAAGCGGAAUUCGGUACGGAUAACGUCCCAAGACAUAUACGCUGUUGGCAGUUGUGGAUCAUCGAUGUCAAACAUAUCCCAUUUGGAUGUUCGGUUUGGCCCGCUUUUUGGACCACAGGCUAUCAAGAUGAAUGGCCCGUGGGAGGCGAGAUUGAGUGGCAUGUUCCCGAAAACCUACAGUAUCAAAGUGGAGCAACUACUCAAACGGACUGUUCUCUCUCUUCUGGUUGUACGGUUUCUCGAGUUGAAGGAAAACAGUUUGUACACUGGUCUCGCUGAAGCCGGUGGAGGGGUAUGGGCUACACAGUUCGACGUUUCUGGAAUUUUCAUCUGGUUCUGGAGCCGGCCGAACGUUCCUGCUUCGAUAUCUGCAACAACAGCAUCGACAGGCGUUGACCUUUCUGAUUGGGGACCGCCUUCCGCUAGCUACCCGGCGACUUACUGUAAUAUCCCAGAAUUCUUUUCUGCUCAGAACUUAGUCCUUGACAUAACUCUUUGUGGACAAUGGGCCGGCCUUUCAAAUUUGUACUUCCCUUCGUGCGGAUCUGGCACAGGCACAUGCUACGCCGACAGCGUUGUGGGGCCUGGUUCCACUUUCAAUGAUGCCUAUUUUGAAAUAUCCUACAUUCGCGCUUAUACUACUGGAGCACCUGCGCCCACACCGAAUGCGCUGGAAAUGAUAUACGACGCCUAUAGACAGAUGUAUCAUUUUGGAUCUCUUUAG